AUGGCUUCUUCGCUGCAUCUCUGGACCCGCGACUGCGAUUCGAGCAACGAGUCGUGCGAAAAGCCCGUCAGCAAUUUCCUGAAGAGCGGUGUCCCGGGCAUUGUCACUGGCGUGAUCGUAUUGGGUGCCAUUUGUGUUUUCAUCUACCUGCAUAUUCGCAACAGGAAACGCGAUGCACGCGAAGAUCAAGAGAUUCGCAAGUGGAACGAAGUUAACGUAUGA